GAAAAUGACUUUUAUUUUGGUCGGACGAUGUGACGUCAUAAGGUCGCGCCGCUCUCCCGCGUCCGUGAAUCAGCUGAAGAAAAUGUUUUAUUUAUUUUUUUUGUUUCGAACUCUAUGCGAUCGAUAGAGCUCGUUUAAGCUCGCCGUUCUCUAUAUAGUCAUUCAGCUACUACAGAAUGAAACUCCGAUACUUUGUCUAGUGAUGUUAGCAAAGGUUUAUGAGUGAAAGCGGAAAAAACAUAAAAGGGCUAAGUGUUACACGCUGUUAUAAAGAUGGCGUUUGUUAAAGAGGAGAGUGAAGAAGCGAAGAUUGAGGAAACCUUCAGAGUCAAACUAGAAGAAACUGAGGAACAAAGAAAGACCGUGUUUAUUAAAGAACAGAGUGAAGAAACGUUCAGAAUCAAAGAAGAAGAUACCGAGGUACGGUUCAUUAAAGAGGAGGCAGAGAGCGUGAAGACUGAAGAAACGUUCAGCGUCAAACGAGAAGAUACUGAGGAACAAACAGACCUGGCGCUGCUGAAAAACGAUAUUCACGAACUGAGUGAUACGAAAGAUGAAGUUAACCAUAACGACUUCCUAACCGGAGAGAAUUUUAGUUGCUCGCAGACCGAAAAAACUCAUAAGACCGACGCUACGAGUCAUUUCGUCUGCCAACAGUGUGGAAAUAGUUUCGCUAAGAAAGAAAACCUUGAAGUCCACGUGAGAAUUCACACCGGAGAGAAGCCUUUCAGCUGCCAACGAUGCGGGAAAGCUUUCGCAAAAAAAAAAGACUUUCAGAGGCACGUGAAAACUCACACUAGAAAAAAGCCUCACGGGUGCAAACUGUGCGGAAACAGUUUUGUUGGCAGAGCGGACCUCGAAAUCCACAUGAGAAUUCACACCGGAGAGAAGCCGUACACCUGCCCGCAAUGUGAAAGGAGUUUCACGCGGAAACAAACUCUCAACGCCCACAUAAGAACUCACACAGGAGAGAAACCUUACUCCUGCCAACAGUGUGGGAAAAGUUUCUCCGUCAAAGGAAACCUUGAGGUCCACAAGAGAAUCCACACCGGAGAGAAGCCUUUCACCUGCCCGCAGUGUGGGAAAAGUUUCAUUAAAAAGACAGACUUCGAAAGGCACAGAAGAGUUCACACGGGAGAGAAGCCUUAUGCCUGCCAACAGUGUGGAAAGAGCUUUUCUAAUCCUGGAACCCUCAAAGGCCACCUGAAAAUUCACACUAGAGAGAAACCUUUGACCUGCCAACAGUGUGGAAAGAAGUUCAAAAGCGAAGUGACUCUUAAUAGCCACACGAAGAUCCACUCGAUAGUUGGAUUUUAUGUCCUCAGAGCAGAGGGAGUUUCACAGACCGAAAACGCCUUAAAUGUGGCUUACAAGCCUUUAUCGCACUACCGCGUCAAAAGAGGACGUUUCAAAGACUAG